AUGUUUCUCAUUGAGCUCGUUUUAGACCAUGUGAUACUAAAGAUAACAGUUUCCUAUCUAUCUAUCUAUCUAUCUAUCUAUCUAUCUAUCUAUCUAUCUAUCUAUCUAUCUAUCUUAGUCUGUUGCGAUCUAUCUAUCUAUCUUAGUCUGUUCAUAUCUAUCUAUCUAUCUAUCUAUCUAUCUAUCUAUCUAUCUAUCUAUCUAUCUAUCUAUCUAUCUAUCUCAGUCCACUCAUAUCUAUCUAUCUAUCUAUCUAUCUAUCUAUCUAUCUAUCUAUCUAUCUAUCUAUCUAAUAGUUGUAAUGCAUCCCAAAACUCUGGAGAAUUGGCUGGUAUUAUUGCGGGUUCGAUAUUUGCUUGCCUUUUGUUUAUUGGCGCCAUUGUUGGAAUAGUAUAUUGUGCAAUUAAGGCUCUAAUGGCGAAUGAAGCAAAAAAACAACACUUAAUGAACAAGUUCGAUAAAUUGGAUUAUCGCACUGUGGUCGUCCGACGAAUGCCUCCAGUACCCGUUGGUCAUUCAGCCGUCCUUCGAUACUCGAAUGCCAUGUUCAAUUACCAACCGGCAGUACACAGUAUUGAAUAUCCCAAAGUACCAAUAUCCAACAUGGCCACCAUUAGUCACUUACCCAUUCAAAGACGAUCGUUAGUUGCAAUGUCGUAUUCCACAUCUCGUCCAAGAAAAUCCUAUCAUAGUGAAGACGGGGAAAUUAUGGCAUAUCGACAAUCAAAACGCAAAAACAAGACAAAAAGUAAAGCAUUGGUAUCCAGUCAGUUUUCGGAUUUCAAAUCCCUGGGCCAUAGUACCGACUUGACGGGUAGGAAUUCACAGUUCAUUCUAAGGAAGAAAGAGGAUUCUUCGUCAGACAGCGAUACUGCAGCGAGAUUUGAGCCUAAACUGAACGAGCCUUACAGAUUGACUUCCCUCUUUUCGAGAGACACGAGGUCAUCUCAAAAUCCUGAAUCUCGUGAUGUUCUCGCAGCAAAAGACGAAACAGUGACCUUAGAGAUGGCAUCAGGCAAUGAUUUACCUUCCAUGAACUCAUAUCAGCCAAAUGACAAUUUAAUGAAAGAUCAACAAAGAACAAGUUUCAGAUAUAGCCCAGAGAGUAGAAAUAUACCCGGAAAAUCAUAUUCGGACAAUACUGAUCCGGAACGUCCCAUAACACCUGAUUAUGACGUAAAUUCCAUUUUGGACGGAGAGGAUGAAAAUAGCACUUCAUUUACUGAUAGGAACAAGUUUUCUUACGCCGCCAUCGAUGACCUGAAGAAGAACUCACAGUUCCAAGCAAGCGGCUUUACUACUGAGAAUCCAGGUAGCGAUCUUUUUGGCUCUACUUCGAAGCAAGUACAAUUUAAUCCUUUGUCUUCUGAUGGUGAAAGUUCUUCGAUCAAAACCAGUCUUUUAAAUCCAGGUACUUACAAUAGUAUACCACCAGCGCCACCUUUGCCAGAAUCAUGA